AUGGCUGAGGAGCUGGUGGUCACCCUGAACCGCGGCGACUCGUCCGGAUUCGGGUUUUCGCUCCUCGGUACCGCGGGUUUGCCGCACGUCAUCUACGACAUCAUCGAGAAUUCGCCGGCAGCGAAGAGCGGCAAGGUCGAGGCCGGUGACGUCAUACUCAGGGUGAACGAAGUCGAUGUCAACCGAUUCAGUACUAAAGAAGUGCUGAAAUGUCUGCGGCUCUCGUCGGACCCCGUCACCCUGAAGCUGCGAAGGGAUCCUGCAAUAAAAGCGCACGUGCGUCGGUUGUUGUCACCGGGACAGCCGGCCUGCGACGAAACGGACUCGUCGAAGAUCUCCCACGAGGCGACCACGCUCACGAAUAACCCUAGACCAGUGUCGUCGGGGAACGGCGAGGAUACGGAGCCGAGGAAACCGGGCACACCGGAACUUCCGGGCGGCUCGCCCCAGGAGCCGACAGGCGCGACGCAGUAUGCGACCAGAAGCAACGGUUCAUACAGCGACGCGUCUGGCUCGUCUGAGCUGGAGGCGCUGCUUCCGCCAGUGGACAGCUUCAAGGAGGAGGAACGCGCCCAAUGGGAGCCACUUUCCGGCGACAAGUUCACCAGACAGAAGAAUACACCUAGGUUCGAAGCGUACAUGAUGACCGGCGACCUAAUGCUGAACCUGUCGCGAACCCAACAGAGCAGCGGUCUUCUACCGAAGCACCAGAAGAAGGUCGACUCGCUUAGGUACAACAAUCAUCACACCCACCAUCACCAUAAUCACCACAAUCAUCACCAUCAUAACUCGGUACCCACCAGUCCUAACGAGAUGCUGGGCCAUCACCGUGCUUACAAGUGCACCGGUUCGAACUCGGCCAGCACCUCACCGGUCGGGAUCAGCAAACGUGAUAGCGGGCAGUGUUCGGGCCAGGGCGACAAUAGCAAACAGAAUGCCGCGAGUUUUGGUUAUUCGAGCGGUUUCGUCCGCACCUCGCGCUCCGAGGAUCACCUGCAAUUCCAAAAGGACCCGUCUAUGAGCGCGGUGGACAUUGACAUUGACGACGACGUCACGUCCAGCUUGAACACCUUGCUGUUGGACACACGGCUGGACAGUGGUCAAGGUUUGUCCAGCGAGAGGAUCGUAUGGACGUACAACGCUCCAGUCAGCUCGCCGUCCGCCUCGGAGCGCACCUCCUGUUGUCAAAACGGCAGCUCCUCGCAAUCCUCGUCCAGUAGCUCCUCCACCGAGGGCACGAGCCCUCAAAGAUCCUUAUCGCCGACCUCCCCUACCUCGGUCUCGUCCUCGGUCAUGUCCUCCAAUUCUGGAUCCCGUAGGUUCCCACCGCCGGUACCCACGGGCACAACAUCGACAGCCCUGGGCCCAUCCGGCGACGGAACCACCUCCUCGGCCUCCGGCCUUCAUCCCACCAACGGCGAUCUCAGCCAGUCCGAGGCUAUCAGCAACAUGUCCAGCCCUGACUACAACGACGAGGAGACAAUGGACAUACUCAGUGCACGCGAUAUCAUGAUGGUCAGUGAUCCGAGUGACAGUGACUCGACUAUACUAGCCAGCGAACCACCCCAAAGGAGGUUGAAGGGGACAUCGGCUAACGUUGUACCGACAUCGAACGCCUAUACACCGGCUCAGGAUACGUCUGAGCAUAGGAUAGUGAUACAGGUGAAGGGGCCGGACAAGGACGGUGGUGGAACGAGAAACACCAGUCCUAGGCAGAACAGGAGACGGGGAAAUCCUAACAAUCCGGAACUGGUGCCCACGUCCACGUCACAGAACACCGUGCAAAGACAGUCUGCGGGUAACAGCGCUGGAAAUGUCACGCCUGAGUUCGUUGGCUAUCAGGAGUUAAAAGAGAGCGAAGACGAGAAUGCCCUGAACAGCGGGAUCUACGAGGACAAGCACGGUGGUGCGUCUCCUCCGCAGUCCGCUGACGAGGAGAGCGACAUCGAGAGUCUGCACAGCUUCCAUUACAGUCCAAAGGCGGUGGAUUUACCAUCGGCCGUACGAUUAGCCAAAAGGCUAUACUCCUUGGACGGCUUCAAAAAGUCUGACGUCUCUAGGCACCUUAGCAAAAACAACGACUUUAGUAGAGCGGUAGCCGAAGAAUACUUGAGAUACUUCAGCUUUGACCGGGACACGCUGGACGUGGCUCUCAGAAAGUUCCUUGCCCAGUUCUCUUUGACGGGGGAGACCCAGGAAAGAGAGAGGGUUCUUGUACAUUUCUCCAAGAGAUUUCUCGAUUGUAAUCCGGGCGCUUUCAAUUCUCAGGACGCUGUUCAUACUUUAACUUGUGCUAUAAUGCUGCUCAAUACGGAUCUUCACGGUCAGAAUAUAGGCAGGAAGAUGUCGUGUAACGAAUUUAUCGAGAACCUCUCGGAACUGAACGACGGCGAUAACUUUCCCAGGGAGGUGUUGAAACAACUUUACAAUGCCAUCAAAUCGUUCCCCCUGGAAUGGGCCUUAGACGAAGAAGGUGACGAAACUGCGAAUCAAGCGAUCCAACAGGGUGACGGUCCAGCGAUAUCUGGUACCGGAAAUCCGUUUCUCGACGUGCCAAAUGUUACGGGUGCUACAGAGUUCAAGAAGGGUUACGUUAUGCGGAAAUGCUGCUACGAUUCCAACGGGAAGAAAACUCCAUUCGGAAAACGUGGCUGGAAGAUGUAUUAUUGUACAUUGAGGGAACUUGUAUUAUAUUUGCACAAAGAUGAGCAUGGCUUCCGUAACGAUAGUUUGCACAACGCGAUACGCAUUCAUCAUGCAUUGGCCACAAAGGCGUCCGACUACACCAAGAAGGAACAUGUGUUUAGGUUACAGACUGCCGAUCAGGCAGAGUAUCUCUUCCAAACGAGUGAUUCCAAAGAGCUGCAGUCUUGGAUCGACACGAUCAACUUCGUGUGCGCCAGUUUCUCUUGCCAGCCAUUAGCAGGCGCGGUGGGUUCUCAAAGAAAGUUCCAGCGACCACUGCUUCCGUGCAGCCACACGAAAUUAUCUCCUAGAGAACAGUUACGGGACCAUGAGGAGAGGGUGAGCAAAUUGGAGGCUGAACUGGAGGAGCACAGACGACACCCGCCUGAGAGGGGAGCUAAGGCUCUUACUGUACAGAAUUAUAAGGAAAAAGAUGCCUACUUACAUCACGAGUUGAAGAGGUACAAGACGUACGCGUACCUGUUACGGUUUAGAUUGGCGUUCACAGAGGUGGAGCCAUUGCUGGUGGAGAGCAGUAUCGGCGAAGUGGACGAAGGAAGCGGGGCAUUGCUGAACUCUGAAGUAGCGCUGGUGCCGCCACCUGUUCCCGAUCGGCCAGCUAUAAAUAGGAUUGAGCCAGUGUCAUCGUGAAUGAAGACAGCAGACCAUCAUCAAAACUGUUCCAACGUGCACGGAAGUUGUAAUAUUUAAGUUUUUUUUAAACA